AUGGCCGAGCUAAAGUGGGGUAUUAUGGCAACGGGAGGCAUCGCCCAAACGUUCACUAAGGACCUCCUCACCAACCCAGCCAGCAGAGAUGUCCACGAUGUCAAGCACAAGCUCGUUGCCGUGGCCUCGUCCAGCUCCAAGGACAGUGCUACGAGGUUCCUGUCCGAGGUUAACGCACCAGACAGUGUCAAGACGUACGGCUCUUACGCCGAGCUGGUAGCCGACCCAGACGUCGAGAUCGUCUACGUCGCGACCCCCCACAGCCAUCAUUUCCAAAACACCAUGCUGGCCCUGGAAGCUGGGAAGCACGUUCUCUGCGAGAAGGCAUUCACCGUAACCGCAGCCCAGGCACGUAAGCUCGUUGAUGUGGCUCAGGCGAAGAAGCUAUUCUUGAUGGAAGCCGUGUGGACUCGGUACUUCCCCCUGAGCAUAAAGAUCCGUGAGCUAGUGCAGUCUGGCCUCGUCGGUCCCGUGUACCGGGUUGUCGCCGACAACUCGUUCGGCCAAGACGGACCCAACGGCUCGCUCACCUUCCCCGAUGAGCACAGGAUGGUGAACCGGGAACUAGCUGGCGGUGCUCUUCUUGACCUGGGUAUUUACUCCCUGACGUGGGUCUUCCAAAUCCUAUACCACUGUCAGCCGGAGGCUGUGAAGGAGAAGCCCAACACGGUGGCGGCGAUGAACAAGUACACCACUGGUGCGGAUGAAAUGACGAAUAUCAUUGUGCAGUUCCCGAAGCACAAGAGCAUGGGAAUCGCCAUGACGGGUAUGCGGCUCCCCACUGAUGUCGAUGGUCAAAACACGGCAGGACCAGCUAUCAAAAUCCAAGGACCACUUGGCGAGAUCCAGGUGAUGGGACCGGCUUUCAAGCCGCUAUCAUACAGGGUGAUUCUGAAGGAGAAGCCUGGCAAAAUGGAGGUCGUCGAUUGCCCCAUUCCCAAGGACCAAGACCGAGAUUGGGGCCAUGGUAUGUUCUGGGAAGCUGACGAGUGCUUUAAAUGUAUCCGCAAUGGCAAGCUUGAGAGUGCCACGCUUCCUUGGUCGGAGAGUGUGACAAUAAUGGAGGUGAUGGAUGAAGCGCUGAAGCAAGGAGGAAUCGAGUACCCCGAACUCAUCACAACCGACGUCUACGAUCCGAAUAGCCCGCUCAACACAGGGCGCCGGUAA